UUAUUGUGGAUACAGCCUAAUAUAGAAAAACACGCGGUUGCGGGACGACAGUUGCGAAUUGUUUUUGUGUUUUAAAUCUUUUUUAAUUAAUUUAUUCAACUAUGAGUAUUAAUAAAGUAUUUUCAUUGGUGAUGGUGAGAAAAGAAACCGAAAUUUUAUUAGGUUUAAAAUUAAGAGGAUUCGGUAUUGGAAAAUGGAAUGGCUUUGGUGGUAAAUUAGAACCAAAUGAGACAAUUCAUGAAUGUGCUCUUCGAGAAUUAAAAGAGGAAUGUGGUUUAAUUGCUAAAGAUUUACGAAAAAUUGGAAUUCUUGAAUUUGAAUUUGAAAAUGAUCCAGUUCUUUUGGAAGUUCAUGUUUUUGAUACAUUUGAUUUCGAAGGAAAUAUUAUUAAUACGGAUGAAAUGAAGCCAAAAUGGUUUAAUUUAUCUGACAUACCUUAUCAAAAGAUGUGGCCAAAUAAUUCCUUAUGGUUCCCAUACAUGUUUAAAGGUGUUCCAUUUAAAGGUUAUUUUCUUUAUCGAGGAGAAGAUUUAAUUCUCAAAUAUAAACUUGAAGAAGUAGCGGAAUUCCCAUUGUGUUGAUUACAAUUACUGUCAUUUCAGUACAAAGCGUCAGUAUUAAUUUAUAUAUUUAUUUUUAUAACUUUAUGUCUCAACUGCCAAAUGUGAAAUGAACAUUUUUCUAUGUUGUCAAUUAUGAAUAAACGAAUAUUUUGAAUUUAAAA